UAGAGUAAAAUGAUUGAUAGUAAAAAUAAUGAAAUAUCUGUCUGCGAAUAUACUGAAACAACAAGGACGAGUUUGGAUCGUAUCAGCCGGGGACCGCAUCAACAGUGGACCGUAUCAACACGGGACCGUAUCAACAGUGGGCCGUAUCAACAGGGGACCAUAUCAACAUUGGACCGUAUCAACAGGGGACCGUAUCAGCAGGUGACCGUAUCUACAGGGGACCGUAUCAACAGUGGACCGUAUCAACAGUGGACCGUUUCAACAGGGGACCGUUUCAACAGGGGACCGUAUCAACAGGGGACCAUAUCAACAGGGGACCAUAUCAACAUUGGACCACAUCAACAUUGGACCGUAUCAGCAGGGGACCGUAUCAGCAGGGGACAGUAUCAACAGUUUACCGUGUAUCAACCGUAUAAACCCAGGAACGAGAAACACUCGUCAAUCUGUAAGUGGAAAACUCCAGUUAGCCAAUCUCGGCCAUUUCCUUAACCUCAAGGCCCAAUGGCUGUUGGCUAUGGUGUAACGUCUCCCCACAGAGUAGACAGAUAUCGACCCAAACAAACUCGCGGAUACACAGUUUCAGAUCAAUGCUUUGUCUAUGAAAAGACAUAUUUUUAUGGAAACAAAUAACUCGUCUCAGCCGGGUGAUUGUCUAAACUUGAAGGAAAUCAAGAUAUGCUUCAUGUAACAUAUAAAUAAAAUAUGAAUGUGCGUACUUGUUGCGUAGGCCCGACAUCCAUUUACAAUGCGGCAAUUGGUCCGUGGGACCUUCUACCAAGCUGUCUGUGAGGCGCUAGGGCGGUAACAGUCAUCACAUUUACUUUUGGGUGAACAGACAAUUGUGAACAAAGCCACUUAUCCAAGGUGAGACUAUAUGUGUUACGUGUGCUUCGUUGUGAGUCAGGAUUGCCGUCCUGGAAACUCUCAGGAGUCAAGCUGCCAAACAUGGUCACCCGUCAGCGACAGGACCACAGGACCACACAAGACCACUCCAUGCACAGGACCACACACCACAACGCUAGACCCAGGGGAGAGGACGCUAGACCCAGGUGAGAUGACGCUACACCCAGGUGAGAGGACUCUAGACCCAGGUGAGAGGACGCUAGACCCAGGUGAGAGGACGCUAGACCAAGGUGAGAGGACGUUAGACCUAGGUGAAGUCCCAGAUGAGAGGACGCUACACCCAGGUGACAGGACGCUAGACCCAGGUGAGACGACGCUAGACCCAGGUGAGACGAGGCUAGACCCAGGUGAAGUCCCAGGUGAGACAACGCUAGACCCAGGUGAAAUCUCCAGUGAGACGACGUUAGAUCCAGGUGAGAGGACGCUAGACCCAGGUGAAGUCCCAGGUAAGAGGACGCUAGACCCAGGUGAGAGGACGCAAGACCCAGGUGAGACGACGCUAAACCCAGGUGAGACGACGCUAGACCCAGGUGAGACGGACCUAGAUGAGAGGACGCUAGACCCAGGUGAGAGGACGCUACACCAAGGUGUGUGUCGCCGAGUUCAGUCGGGGUUCGGGACUUACAAUAAAUUUCUCAUUUGGGUAAUUUGUGAGUGUGAACGAAUAUAAAUGAUUGCGUCCAUUGUUCAGCAAUAUCACAGCCGUUCCCUCU